GCCUGGAGAUCGUGGAGCGUGGAAUAUCUUCCAUACAGCUCCUGACGUCAUUGAACAAACAUCCGGUAUCUUUCGUUCAUGGUCGGCAUUUAGGUUUGGAUCCAAACCGUUCCUUCGUCGCCAUCAAUAUCCUCCACCGAGCUAGCAAGGUGUCAAGUCGAUCCCAGGGAGGAUCUUCUUUUCCAUUUUUUCUUUUGAUACUAAAGUUAUCUGAACGAACCAUGAAGCUUUCUCUUGCCCUUACCUCCUUGUUCGUCGGCUCGGCAGCUGCCUGGUCAUCCUUGACCAUGAAGGCCGAGGGAGUCAGCAGCCGCCGUAAUAUCUUCAAGGGAAUCGGAGCUGCUGUGGUUGCUGGUGUCGUUAACCCUGGAAACUCCAACGCAUACUCAGUGCCUGAUCUUCCAUACCCCUUUGAAGCCUUGGAGCCACACAUUGACACCCCUACCAUGAAAAUCCACCACGACAAGCACCAUGCCACCUACGUAGCCAACAUCAACAAGGCCACCGAAGGUCAAGAGGAAAAGCCAAUUUUGGAUUUGAUGGAGAAUGCACUCGAGGCCGGCCCUGUGCGAAACAGUGGUGGUGGACACUACAACCACGCAUUUUUCUGGGAAGAAAUGGCCCCACCUGCCGAAGCUGCCAAGACCAAGCCUUCAGCUCAAUUGGAAGAGUUGAUCAAUAAGUCCUUCGGUUCCAUGGAUGAGAUGAAGGCUAAAUUCGAGGCCCAGGCAGCUCCUGGUGCCGUGUUUGGAUCCGGAUGGGUCUGGGUCUGUGUCAACAAGAAAGGAGACGAGCUCAAGCUGGUAGGAACCCCCAACCAAGACAACCCACUCAUGAAGGGAGUUACCGAUGAAAUCAUGUUCCCCAUCUUGGGUCUUGAUGUCUGGGAGCAUGCAUACUACCUAAAGUACCAGAACCGUCGACCAGAAUAUGUCUCCAACUGGUGGAACGUUGUCAACUGGGACAAGGUUUCUGAGAACUGCGCCUACGUUGUCGAGAAUCACGCAGGAGUAAACGUUCAAGGUUAAUUUAGUUGGUCUUCUUCGCUUCAUAGAGCACUGCAUCUCCGCAAGGUACCUUGCCUAUCCAGACUCGCUCGCGGUUGAAUGAAACCGACUUUUAUUACUUCUUUAGAAUCAACCCGUGCAUCAGCAAAUUGUAAGAACAGCUUGCCUAUCACGUUGGAUACGGGAAGCUACCAGGAAAUUAAUAAGGAACAGCAUUAUG